AUACGGAUGCUGCGGUACAAUGCUUGGGGUAGAGAGUACACUUCUUUCAACCAUGACUUCAAAGUCGUUUGAGGGGUAUACAUUUAAAUUAAGACGACCGCGCCCUUUCUUCCUAGGUUGCGUUUGAUCUAUAUGCCCUAAAUAACUUAUUGCUUUGUACUAUACGAGAGAAAUACAAUUCACAAUGGCUCCUGGAAUCCUGGUCAACGGUUUCCACGACCGUGCUACACCGUCCUCGACGCUCCCCACGCGCCGACGACCGUAUCCUCACGAAGGCCUCCGGUUCGAUCCCAAACUCAAACCCAAAUCGUAUCGCAUGGCCGGUACCUCAACGGACUCAAAGAUACUGUUCCUGGAUGUGAAUAUUCUCGACUCAACAGGAAACGACGCAUAUCGUGGCGACGUGCUGAUCCAUGGGGAGCGCAUAGUCUCGGUUGGGUCAGUCCCCAAUGUUGAAGCGCUUCGCCAUGACCCGAAGGUCCGUGUCAUCCAAGGUCGUGGACGCACUUUGAUGUCUGGCCUAGGGGAUGCCCAUACACAUUGGACCUGGAACAAUAUCGCUCUUGAGCUGCUGGGUGACAUUGGCGUGGAGGAGCACACUCUGAUCACAGCACGCUCGGCGCUUUGUUAUCUGGACUCCGGAUACACCAUGUGCUAUGGCGCCGCAUCUGCCAAAGAUCGCCUGGAUUGCGUCGUCAGAGACGCGAUCAAUCGCGGUACGUUGCCCGGACCGAGACUUCUAGCAAAUGGCAGAGAGAUCGCCAAGCGAGAGGGGGAGCUUGCGGCUGGAAUUACUGCCUUUGCCGAUGGCCCACUGGAAAUGCGAGAGGUGAUCAGGCAUCAUGCUAAGAUCGGUGUUGAUCAAAUCAAAUUGAGUAUGUCGGGCGAAGCGAUCACCGAAACUGUAUCGGCCGAGGAAUGUUUCUUCACCGAUGAGGAAACAGCUGCCUGUGUGGAUGAAGCCCAUCGCAAUGGGAUUCGGGUUUGCUCCCAUGCACGUGCUCGAGACUCGGUCAUCCAAUGUGCCAGACACGGCGUCGACGUCAUUUACCAUGCCUCAUAUACCGAUGAAGAGGGCAUGCAGAUGCUCGAAAAGGUUAAAGACCGAGUUGUCGUGGCGCCCGCGCUUAAUUGGCUCUAUGCUACCGUUUACGAGGCGGAGCCCUUUGGGUAUUCCAUGGAAAAGGCUGAGCAGGUCGGGUACCGUAAAGAACUGGAGACCGCUACAAAGGCUUUGAAGGAGAUGCACAAGAGGGGUAUCACUGUUCUUCCAGGAGGUGACUAUGGCUUUGCCUGGUGUCCUCAUGGGACGUACGCUAGGGAUCUUGAGCACUUUGUGAAGCUGUUGGACUUUACGCCGAUGGAAUCCAUUGUCGCUGCGACAGCUGGAGUAGCCAAGCUGUUUAUGCAGGAGGACGAGUUGGGCAAGAUCCUUCCCGGGUAUUAUGCCGACUGCAUCCUGGUCAAUGGUGAUCCUCUAAAAGAUAUUGCCGUCCUCCAAGACCAUUCGAAGCUAGAUGUGAUUAUGAUUAACGGCCGCAUCCAUAAAGCUCAGCCGACGGAGUUCAUUAAUAUAACUGCGGUUCCAUCAUCAUUGAAUGAGGAAAAGAGUUACUUCAAUUUUGUGGCCUUUGAAGACGGCUUGGGACGAUCUUGCAUUGGCCAUUUCGACCUUAGUGACUCCACAAUCCAGCCGUUGACUAUGGCAUCCGGCUCACCCCUUACCAGUCUGAGCCAGGUCAUUGAACUGGGCCAUGAGGGGGUUGUUCGAGCUGCGGAACCUCCAUUUCCGCUGAGCUCGGUGAAGCUCUUGCCGCCUCUUGCGGAUCGAGAUGUUCUCUGUAUUGGCGAGAACUACCGCAAGCAUAUUGAGGAAUACCGAGAAAGUGGGUAUGCUUCUGCCGAUAACAAAGUAACUGAUAGCCCCCAAGUCCCAACUGUCUUCACUAAGCGCAGUACUAGCAUCACUGCCAGUGGAACGGACAUCUAUCCCCACCCUGGAUUUACUCAAACAAUGGAUUACGAAGGUGAACUGGGAGUCAUCAUCGGCAAAGCAGGCUUUUCUAUCAAGGAGGAAAACGCUAUGGAUUAUGUCUGGGGUUAUACGAUUAUAAAUGAUCUAUCCGCCCGCGAGAGACAGCGAGACCACCGACAAUAUUUUAUGGGAAAAUCACCAGACACCUUUUGUCCUAUGGUAUGUUUGGAUCCUUAUCUUGCCCAAGUGCACUUGGCUGAUAGUCUAUUUUGUCAGGGGCCGGUUGCUGUUGAAGCUGCAGCGUUAUCGGGAGAAAUUCGAGUACAAACCCAUGUCAAUGGCGAAAAGCGUCAGGAUGGCACCGCGGCGGACCUGAUUUUCUCCAUUUCCAAAUUGAUUGAGACGGUGUCUGGUGGCAUCACCCUUCAGCCGGGAGAUGUGAUCGCAACAGGCACUCCACAUGGCGUUGGAGUUGGCCACCAUCCGCCAAAAUUCCUUAAGCCAGGCGACUUGGUCGAGGUGAGCGUCACUGGCCUUGGAAAGCUUUCCAAUCGCAUUGCGGAUCCUGGUAGCAAGAACCCUACUAUCGAUCGUGUCCUCCAGAAGCCAUCGAGCAUUCCAACUUUCAACCUUGACCGGACUUGGGGCGGUGUUGGGUUGACCAAAGUCGGACCCGAUCAUUACAUCAACGUCCGGGAAUUAGGUUCCCAGAGCCCAGAUGCAGAAACGAUCGUUUUCAUCCAUGGCCUUGGUGCCAAUCUGGAGUACUAUGCGCCACUUGUCCAAGCUGCUGGGCUAGAAAAUGACCACCGUAUCAUUCUCUACGAUCUCGAGGGACACGGCGCAACGCCCGCCCGCGCUUCCUCAACCGCUACCCUGCAGACCUUCGCGAGAGACCUCGACCUACUUUUCGCCGCCAAAUCUAUCACUUCUGCCACUCUCGUUGGCUGGUCCCUCGGCGGGCUGAUUGCUAUGUACUUCGCAGAAAAGCACCCGUCUCGUGUCACGACGUUGAUCCUGCUCGGACCAGGACCGACCCCGUUCCCAGAACCUGCCGUUGAGGUAUUCACCAAGCGUGCCGCUCUCGUUCGCGAAAAAGGUAUGGAAGCGUCGGGAGUGGCCAACGCUGUUGCCACGGCUGCCACCUCCAGUGUGACCAAAUCACGACCCUUGGCCAUUUCCGCUGUGCGCCAAUCACUGUUGGCUACUCAUCCGGAGGGUUAUGCCAAAGGAUGCAUCGCGCUUGCGAGAUCGAGGGGUACAGAGAUCGCAGUGGAGAAUCUGCGAAUGCCGACUUUGAUAGUUGCGGGACAGGAAGAUGCGAUUUCGCCAGUUAAGUUAGCCCAGGGUUACCGAAGCAAGAUACCUAAUUCGCAGGUGGAGUUACUCAAGGACGUGGGUCAUUGGCAUGUAUUUGAGGACCUGGAGGGGACUGCGCAGGCUAUCAAGAGGUUCUUGGGACGUUUGUAGCUUGUCUGUCACAGAUGGGAGAGGAGCUGUUUGAUGAUUGCGUGUAUA